AUGAAUUAUUUUAAUGAAGAUUUACCAUUUAUAGGUGAAAAACAAAAAUUAAAAAAAAAAAAAAAAAAAAGUGAUUCAAAUUAUUUUGAUGACUGUGACAGGAAAAACAAAAUUUUUAAAAAUGUAAAUGAAGAAGAAUACUUAAAACCUGUAAAAUUUGUAAGUGGAGGAUUUCUGAAUGAUAAAAAAAAAUUUACAGAAGGAACAGAUUUACAUAAUAAUUCUAGUGAUAAUGAAUCAGAUGAUUAUGAGGAAUAUGAAGUUUUUAAACAUUUUACUUUUAACUUUAACUUUGAAGAAAAAAAUGAAGAAAACGACUUUGUAAAAGAUAACUUGAAAAAAUAUAAUUUAACUGAAUUAAAAGAAAAUGAUAAAAUUUUUGAAAAAUAUGGAUUGGGUUUUAAAAUUUUAAAGAAAAUGGGUUAUGAAGACGGAAUUGGAAAUAAAAUUAAAACUAAUAUUGUUCCUAUAGAAAUUAAAAAGAAAGAUAUAAAAUUUCUAGAAGAAAAAUCAAAUGAAAAUGAAAAUUAUGAUUAUGAUGAUAAUGAAGAUGAAUAUUUAAAUGAAAAUUACAAUUACAUUAUUAAUGAAAAUAUAGAUAUAAAUAAUUUAUGGAAAAAAAAGUUUAAUGGUAAACGUUAUUGGAACUUUAAUAAAAGAAAAACAGAGCUUAACGCAUAUUUAAAAUAUAAUCAUUCGUUGAAUUCAAAUGAAUUUAUGAUUAGUAAUAAUUGUGAAUUCAAUGACAAUAAUAUAUAUAUUUUACAAGAAGUAAGAAAAAAUUUGAAUGAACAUAUUGAAAAAAUAACAGUUGAUUAUCUUAGUACUAUGAAGAAAAAAAAAGAAACAGAUAAUAAAUUAAAAAAUUAUAAAAAUUAUAUUCAUAAAAAUUAUAUUCAUGAAAUACAUAUAUUAAUUUUAAAAAAUAUAUUAACAUAUAAAUAUUUAUUAAAUUUACAUACCUUAUUAUCAUAUCCACUUCUUUUUAAUAAUUUAACCUUUAAUCAAUACCUUUUUAAUAUUAAAAAUUAUACAGUAAAAAGUAAUGACAAUGAUUUUGAAAAUACAAAUAUAUGUUAUAUAGAAAGCUCUGAUGAAUGUAAUAUGUUUAAGUGCAAAAAUAACCAAAAAUUAAUAAACGUUCAAGGUAGUAUUUCAAUUAAUGAAAAUAGUUUAAAAAAUAUAAAUGAAUAUAAAAAUCAGUCGAAUGAUAUUGAACAUGACAAUUUUGAGGAAAAUUUAAAUAACUUAUUAAUAAGUAAAUAUAGACUAUUAUGCAAAAGUGGUUAUUUUAAAGAAAACUGUGAAAAAUCUAACAAUCUAUCUAAUUAUAAUACUACAUAUAAAGUGAUAAAUAACUUAGAAGAAAUUUAUAAUUUAAUUAGUAUUGAAAAUAUUGAAGUUAAAAAAAAAAAUGUUGAAUUAUUCUUUAGGGAUUUGUAUACUUUUUUAUUUUUUAUUUAUGAGAAUUCAGAAUUUUUAUGCCUAAAUAGUUAUGUGUCUAAUUUUUUUUUAGAAUUUUUGAGAAUAUAUUUUUAUAAUAAUCAAGGAAAAAUGAAUGUUAAGGAAAAACAUAUGGAUAACAACCAGUUGUGUGUAAAUAUAGGAUAUAACGAGAAUUGUGAACAAAAUUUGUAUUAUAGUAAUAAUAAUAAUGACAGUGAAAGUAAAUACAAUGAAGAAGACAUAAAAUAUAUAAUACAUUUUAAAAAAAUUCUUUUAAUGGGAAUUGAUGAAAAUAAUAUAAUAGAAUACAAUAAAGUUGAAAGUGAAUUCGAUUUUAUAAUAUAUUAUAAUUUAAUAUAUGUUUCAUUUUUCAAAGAAAAUUGUAAUGAAUUUUAUAAUUAUAUAAAGCAUUUUAAAGAUGCUUUGAAUAAAAAUUAUUAUAAAAAAAUAUUAAUUCAUUUUAUCAAAAAAAGAAUAAUGAUAGAUGUUAUAAACAAAGAAAAAGAUGAACUUAACGAAGAUAUUCUAAAGGAUAUAGAUAAUAAAUUACAUAUAUUAUUUGAUAUCAAUAAGCAAUUUGACAUUAAUUCAUACAUUAAUAAUUAUUAUACAAAUUUUAUAUUUAAAUAUUUGCAAAAAUAUAAUAUAUCCGAAAACUAUGUAAAAUUGAUUAAAUGCUCAAUUCAGAACAAUAUAUAUAAGAAAGAGAUUUUUGAAAAUGUUAUUAAAAAGAUAAUAUAUCACAUAAAAGAUAUAAAUUUUGCAGAUGAUGAAUUUUUGAAUGAUCUUAAGAAAGUAUUGACAUUAUAUAAUUGUAUAGAUAGUAAUAUUAUUUUUUUUAUUUUUAAGGUGUAUUUUUUUUAUAGUUUUUCAAAAUAUGUGUGUAAUUACUUAAGAGAUAUUAAUUUUCUUUAUGGAAAAAAAAAUGAAACAAAAGAAAAUACAAAUAAAACAGAAUUACACACAGAGCAAAACUUUACCGAAGAACAAAAAAGAGAAAUUUUAACAGUUAAAAAAAAAGAAAUAUAUGAAACAUUUAAAAAAAUAAAGCAAAUUUUUGAAAAUAAUAUAAUGAAAAAUGACGAGAUAAAAAAUAUUAUGUUUUAUAUAUUGAAUGUUAUAAAAACUUACGUAAUGCAAGAUAAAAUUAUUACAUUUUCCGUUGAAAAGGUUUUAAAUUUUGACAAACAAAAAAUUUUCUCAGAUGACAAUUUAAAUUAUUAUUUUUUAUAUAAAGAAGUAAAAAUUCCAAUUCCUUUAUACGCUGUUCCAAAAAAAAUUAAUGUAUAUGAGAUGUAUCAUAAAAAUAAUAUAAAAAAUAUGAAUUAUAAAGAUGAAACAAAUCAAAAUUACAAAUUCUCAAAAAAGAAAUAUAUUAAUUUAAUGAACAAACUAGAAAAUAAUGUAAAAGAAUUUAAAAAUAUGGAUCCAGAAGAUGAAACUAUGAAUAUAAAGAAUUAUUUAGAAAAAUACUGUUUAGAAAAUAAUAUUUUAUUUUUACAAAAAAAUGAUCGUAAAAUUAAUGGUAAUUUGGUUUAUUCUGUUAAUAAUUUUUCUAUAUAUAUUAAUAAUAACGUUAUAUAUAUUUAUGAAGAUUAUGAAUGGAAGCCAACUUUAUUAAGUGAUUUAUUAAAAAAAAUUUAA